CUGAUUCAUAAUAAUAUCCUUUCACCUGUCCCUUACGGGCAGAUGCCCUCAAAGUUGCUUUAUCCCAUCCAACCCUAAUCCCCUCAACCCUUUUUCACUGCCAACUACUCCUUAUAUAUAUCCACAUAAUGCCCCACUAAUCACGUCUUAGUCUGGUUAUUGGAAAUACCUCUUUUUUUUUUCAGGUAGAAAGCCUGCUGUUUUUCCAGACCAACAAAACACACUUUUCCUUGUUUCGUUUCAGUUUUUUUUUUUUUUUUGGCUUCAUUUCUUUACCAGCGGCUGAGCUCCAAGUGUCAGUUACAAUAAGAAGGAAAUUAAUGAAGAACGUUUCGAGGAACAAGUUUUUGCUCUGUUUUAGACCCGUAGUUGAUAUGGACUUGAUGCUCGACCCCAAAGCAGUCGUGGUUGAUCCUUCCCAAAAUCGUCGGGCCUUAACGUAUCUCACCGUCAAAAACAAGGCAGAUAUUAUGAAGCCUUCAACCACUCAGUCUUCGUCUUCUUCUUCAGUUUCUGAUACAGAGAAUUCAAUCAUGGUUCAUCGUCCCGGGAAGAAAAGAUUUUCCCAUGUCAUCAAAGCUGUUGUAUUCGAGAUCUUAUUGGCUAAGAGGGUUAAAGAUAGAAAAGGUAUCCCAUUAAGGAGCCAUGGUAAGUUGUUGGAUACAAGUGCUGAUGAAUCAGUAAACAAGGUUCCAGCUGCCGAGGGAGUUCAAAGUACUGUUUCAAAGCCUAACUCAGUCCCAAACUCAACGCAAAAAACAAGCAAACAUCAAGAACCAGAGAUGAAACCGAAACAAGAAGGAAUCCAGAAGAGUUGUUCAAGUUCAAGCAAUGCCAUAUUUAUGCUUGUUAUUAGUCUGGCAGUGACCAUAUUCUGGGGCAAAUUUUGUGCAAUACUUCUUACAUCAAUUUGGCUGUACUUUCUCCCUCACCACCAACAGCCUGCAGGAGUUAUUGAGAACCUGGAAAGCAUUACAAAAAGCUCGGAAAAGAAGUCAAAAGAUUAUUACAGAAAGAAGGUCAUAAUGGAAGGGUUACUUCAAAGGAAACAAAGCAAAGGGGCAUUCAAUUUUUGACAUUAAAAAUUUCUGUUCGCAACAGACAAAAUACACAAGCAUCAGUUUCUUCUUUGUUGUGCAGUAAAUUUUUUUUCUUUUUAUUUGGGGAAGAUUUCAGAGCAUUCAUUAUUUAUUAAAUUCUUUCAUUCCAA